GUAUGAAAAAGGAAAACUUGGUAACUUAACUCACAAAAUGAUAAACAUGUUUAUUUUAAGAUCGUUACAUUAAGUGAAAAAGAACGAAAUAAUUCUAUUUGGUACAAAAUUGCAUUAUGUCCAUAUUUAAAAAAAUUCUUUCGAACACUUUAAAAAAUAAAAUUUCCAAAAGUGAAGGAACUAUUGAAAAAGACGCCGCUCCGGUUGAAGAGAUUAAUCGCAAAGAUGACGAACAAUGCCUUGAUAAUAAUAAUGCAACAGAUUCGACCACCGAUCUAACACACUCAGACACACGAUUACUUGAAAUACAAAAUAAUUUGGAAUCCAGAAUUAAUAAUAUGAACGUACAAAAUUCCCAACAGCAUGUUGUAAUGCAAUUUUCAAAUGUUAACAAAUUACAUAUUGGUUCGGUUUACAAUGUACAUAACGAAAAUAACGCCAAUAAUAAAAGAAAGAAUGUACCUGCAGAUCAUAUUUACGAUCGGAAUCGAAAAACUACCACUAUUGUAGCGAUGAUGCAGUCUCAGGAAGAACCCAGUCAUCGAAUAAUUGAUACGAUAGCAACACAUUUAGGAGAGGGAUGGAAGAUGGUUAUGCGAGAAUUGGGUUUCUCUGACGGGCAAAUUUCCCAAGCAAUUAUAGAUCAUCACAUUCACGGCAAUAUAAAAGAGGUCAUAUAUCAACUGCUGCUCGACUGGGUACGUAAUGCGGACGAUGAGAACAGGACGGUUGCUUAUAUUACAAAAUUGCUUUGGGGAUUGGGACAUAGAGAUUGCGUUCACCGGAUGAAGCAAGCUUGGAAAGCAAACACAAAAUAUUGAGAUUAUUUGCCACUUAAUUGCACUCAGUUCCGAUCUUGGUUUUUGAAAUACGUAAACUUUUCUAGUGUAUAUACAUUGACAAAUGAAAACUAUAUUUGAAUA